UCUCCACUCGCACCCAAAGCAAAGCAAAGCAAAGCAAAACCCACUCGACGACCAGCUGAAAGUCAGCUAGCACUCUAGUAGCAAUACCAUGGCGUCCAUGCAGAGGAGCCACGAGGAGCGCGCCCAGUCCGCGGCGCAGAAGGCGGCCGACGAGCUCCACGCGGCGAGGCGGGAGGACGAGCCCGCCAGCCCCCGCGGCGGCGGCGGCGGCAUCCUGGGCAGCGUGCAGGAGAGCGCGCGCUCCGCCAUGGGCGCCGUCCAGGACACCUUCUCCAGCGGCGACCGGGGCGGUACCCAAGACAGCGCCGCCAUGGGCUACGCCGAGGAAGGGAAGGCGAAGGCCAGGGGCGUGGCGGACGCGACCAUGGACAAGGCCGCCGAGACCAAGGACGCGGUGGCGGACAGGGCGCGCGGCGCCAUGGACGCGGCCGCGGACAGGGCGGAGGGCGCCAGGGAGUACGCGGCGGACAGGACCAAGCUGGGCGGCGGGGAGUCGGAGGAGGACGUGAUGCUGCGGGUGAAGGCGGCGGACCAGAUGACGGGGCAGGCGUUCAACGACGUCGGCGUGAUGGGGGAGGAGGGCACCGGCAUGCCGCGACGGCGACGCUCCGACGCUGAUCGGCAGCUACAUCAGAGACAGUUUUGUGCCAUGGCGUCCACGCAGAAGAGCCGCGAGGAGCACGCGCGGGCCGCGGCGCAGAAGGCGGCCGACGAGCUCGACGCGUCCAGGCGGGACCAUGCCCACGAUGCGGCGCCCGCCAGCCCCCGCGGCGGCGGCGGCAUCCUGAGCAGUGUGCAGGAUAGCGCGCGGUCCGUCGUGGGCGCCGUCCGCAGUACCUUCUCCGGCGGCGGCGGCGCCCGGCACGACGAGAGUAGUGCCACGGACGCGGCGGCGGCGGCGGCGGCUGCGGAGAGCGCCAGGGAGUACGCGGCGGACAUGAAGGAGGGCGCUCGGCGGGCGCUCGCGGGCGACGCCGCGGGGAGGAAGGGCGAGACGGACGAGUCGGCGUGGCAGCAGGGGGAGGACGUGCGUCGGCGCGCGGCGGAGAAGGCCCGGGAGGAGGCGCGGCGCACGCACGAGCCGUCCGAGGAGGAGAAGGGCCGGGCGGCGACGGCAAACAUCUACGGGAAGGCGACCGGCGCGAUGGGCGCCUUCGGGGAGAAGAUGGUGAUGCCGACGGACGUGGUGGAGCGGAAACGGGCGGAGGCGACCGGCGGCGGCAAAGGAAAAGGCACCGGCGGGAAGGCUGCUGCGACAACGGCGACGCCCGGGGGCGGCGGCGAACCCGAGGAGGACGUGAUGCUGCGGGUGAAGGCGGCGGACCACAUGACGGGGCAGGCGUUCAACGACGUCGGCGCCAUGGGCGAGGAGGGCACCGGCAUACCGCGGCGGCGCUAGGCCCGCUAGCUAGCUGCGGAGAGGCCCGAGCUGAUGGUGCCAGGCGGGCAGGGCGUUGUGUAUAGUGUUUUGAACUUCUGAUCUUAAGCCAAAAGCUUACGCUUGUGCACGAGGCGAUGCAAUACUAGAAUGUAGAAUAAUAAUGAACCGUGAAUGGCUGUGUGACA